ACACAAGCAUGUUGAACCGCUCUCUAAUAGCCUUCCACAACAAGUGUUGGACACUUAACAGUAGGCUAUCUCGCGUCUGAACCUAAAAAAGCAAAUCCCUCAACUCCGCCGGUGGGAGGAGAAAGAGGAGGAGGGGGAGUCAGAUAGCGACCAGAUUAGAUUUGUUUCCAAACGCGCACCGAUGGCGUUGUGAGGCGUUUGGAUGAGGAGGACGCUGCUUUGGAUUUGGUAAUCAGCUUUUUUUGCGCGUCUUUCUCUCUCAUCUUGGGUUGAACAAAGACAACAACAACAAAAAAGCCAUGGAUUACUCUCUGUGCAUGUUGGUUCUUCUGACGACUCUUUCGUCUGUUUCGCCCGGACAAUUCCCAACAUCCCAGAUCAUAAAAGAUUGGGUGUUCCAGAUUCAAAAAGACUUGAUCACAUUAACAGACAAAGCCAGCGGGUUGGAUGACCUAAUAAAGAUAUAUCAUAAACACAAAACCCACUUCAGCGUGGAAUCCAACAACGCGAGAAAGCUGGUGGCAACAGCUGCAGGAAACAUAGAGAAACUGCUAGCGAAUCGCUCCGAAGCCCUAAGGAGACUUGCAACCGAGGCCGAAAAGUUUCAAAAGGAACAUGAGUGGACAGUCGACGGUGAGGCUAGCGAGCUCAAGUACUACAAUGCCAAAGAUGGUGUAAAUAAGACCGCAUUGAAAGAAAGAGAAAAAGAAAAAGAUAAAGAUAAAGAAGAGGACAAGAGCAACAGGUUCAUCCCAGAUGACUUUGAAAUAGACCCCGACUUCAAACGCCUCGUCUCUUACAACACCACCGCCGUCCACAUCCCCACCGACAUAUACGAAGGCUCCACCAUCAUUUUGAAUGAGCUGAACUGGACAGACGAGUUGGAGGAUGUUUUCCGACAAAACAAAGAGGAUGAUCCCUCACUGCUCUGGCAGGUUUUUGGCUCCGCCACUGGACUGGCUCGGUAUUACCCAGCUUCCCCUUGGAACGACCAGAGAAGUUCACCUGACAAGAUCGACCUGUAUGACGUACGCAGGCGACCUUGGUACAUUCAGGGGGCGGCGUCACCCAAGGACAUGCUGAUCCUAGUGGAUGCGAGUGGAAGCGUAUCAGGCCUCACCCUGAAACUGAUCAAAACCUCAGUCAGCUGGAUGCUGGAGACCCUCUCCGAUGACGACUUCGUGAACGUGGCGUCUUUCAACAAAACCGCCAGGCCCGCAGCAUGCUUUCAGAACCUGGUGCAGGCCAACGUGAGAAACAAAAGGGUCCUGAAGGAGGCAGUGCAGAGACUCAAAGCCGAGGGCAUCACCAACUACACAAGUGGCUUUGAACUGGCGUUUGAACAGCUCGCACAGACCAAUGUGUCGAGGGCCAACUGCAACAAGAUUAUAAUGCUGUUCACUGAUGGAGGAGAGGAGAGGGCUGAGGAAAUCUUUCAAAAAUACAACCCAAAGCAAGAGGUGCGCAUCUUUACUUUCUCCGUAGGCCAGCACAGCUACGACAAAGGCCCUAUACAGUGGAUGGCCUGCAAUAAUAAAGGUUAUUACUAUGAGAUUCCAUCUAUUGGGGCCAUUCGGCUGAACACUCAGGAGUACUUGGACGUUUUGGGUCGGCCAAUGGUCAGAGCUGACAGUGGGCCCAAGAGAGGCCGAAAGGCCAAGCAGGUCCAGUGGACAAAUGUCUACCUGGAUGCACUGGAGCUGGGUCUUGUAAUCACCGGAACGCUGCCUGUCUUCAACAAGACUGACACAGGCUCAAAGAAGUCACAAAACCAGCUCAUCCUGGGAGUUAUGGCUAUUGAUGUCUCCUUAGAAGAUAUCAAGAGACUCACGCCUCGGUUCACAUUUGGUCCAAAUGGCUACUACUUUGCUAUUGAUCCAAAUGGGUAUGUGUUGCUCCACCCUAAUCUUCAACCGCUGACUGCCAAGUUUGAUGAACCUGUAACACUCGACUUUCUGGACGCAGAGUUGGAGAACGACAUCAAAGUGGAGAUAAGAAAUAAAAUGAUUGACGGGAAAACGGGAAACUACACAAUAUCUACACUGGUGAAAUCUCAAGAUGAGCGCUACAUUGACGAAGGUGAGAGGACCUACACCUUCGCUCCUGUGAAGGGAACAGACUACAGUCUGGCCCUGGUCCUGCCAAACUACAGCAUGCACUACAUCCGCGCAACCAUAGGCGACACGAUCACCCAGGCAAAAUCAUUUUUGGGGAAAGAUGUUUCCGAGAGCCUGCUUGCAGACAAGUUUGAUGAGUACGGGUAUACAUUUAUUGCACCAAGGAUGUACUGCAAAGACUUGAAGCCGCCAGACAAGAAAACGAACAACACAGAGUACCUGAUGGACUUCAACAAUUAUAUAGACACAAAGACUCCAAACAACCCUAUGUGUAAUGUGGAGCUUGUAAACCGGCUUCUCCUCGAUGCCGGCAUCACCUCUGAUCUGAUCAAGAUCUGGAAGCAGAAUGAGUUGCAGCAGGGUGUUACUGCCAGAUUUGUUGCGACUGACGGAGGAAUCACUCGCGUCUUCCCCAAAAGCUCCGGGCUGGACUGGAAGGAAGAAGCGGAGACCUACGAGUCGAGCUUCUACAAACGAAGUUUAGACAACGACGUGUACAUCUUUACGCCAACACCCUGCACCGAAAGUGAUAGCGAUGUCCUCGUGAGCCGAGCAGUAAACCUCGAGAUUCGCAACAUUACGCUCAAACCAGCUGUUGUUGGUGUGAAGUUGGACAUCUAUGCGUGGAUGGAGAGCUUCAUCAACAUCACUUACAGGAUGAAUUGCAAGGAUGAAAUCUGUGGUUGUAAGAAAGGUGAUCCGUACAUAGACUGUGUCAUUCUGGAUGACGGCGGAUUCCUGGUGAUGUCCAAUCAGGAGGACUAUGUUAACCAGAUCGGAUGUUUCUUUGGUGUCAUCGACCCUGACCUCAUGAGAACUCUGGUCAACUCGUCGCUGUUCACCGCCAAGAGCACCUACGACUACCAGUCUCUCUGCGAGCCCAAGAGAGAGAGCAAAGCGGCUGCAGGCCUGCGCUCCAUUUAUGUGCCCACAAUAGCAGAUAUAUUGAAUCUGGGAUGGUGGGCGACAGCUGCAGCCUGGUCAAUUGUGCAGCAGUUGCUGGUCAGCGUCACAUUCCCAACUUUUCUGGAUGCAGCUGAAACGGACGAUCAAGUGUCGGAUGCGAUGUCUAAGGAGGUGUGCAUCACAGAGCAAACGCAGUACUUCUUUGAGAACAAUGAGUCGUCCUUUGGAGGCUUAUUUGAGUGUGCAAACUCCACCAGGCAAUACCUCGCCGAGAAGGUGCCAAAUACAAACCUGGUCUUAAUCAUUAGCGACAGACAACAAGGCAACAGCCAGUCAUGUGGAUUGGGGCCGUUAGUGCAGGAUGAAAAACAGUCUGCUGGGCCGGAUCCUUGUGAAAUGGCUCUCAGUCCUCGCUACAGGAAAGGCCCGAUAGAUUGCUUUAAUAAAACUGAGCACGAUGAGGCCAUGUGCCGAAGGAGCGCUGGCUCCCCAUUGGCUUCCUCUCUGCUCAUGUUACUGCUGCCACUGUUCAUGUGCUGUCUCGGGAGGAGGACGCAGACUGUGGCGGGGUAUCCGGCCUGACCCCCUCACUUUGGCUGAUGGUGGUCAUUCAGGUGGUGUCGCUCUGGGCUGUGGCUGAUUCCAGGCACUAUGCCGUCCCAUCAUGACCUCAGAAAAACAUGAUCUCCAGCUCUUUACGUUCACUCCCUCCAGAUCAACAACAUGGCUACCAGCAUCCGGAGCUGCCACCCAAAGCAAACAGCCACUCGAAACAAAUGAACAAAAAAAAAGAAGAAGAAAUAAAUAAAAAGAAGAAGAGACUUAAAUUCUUUUGUUUUCAGGGUGUUCUCAAAGUGUCUUCAUUUGGGUGAUGUGGACGAAAAGAUUGAUCAGAGGACAAAGGGUAAAGGGAUUGGACGUCAACUAUGACUCGUUUCUUCUGCUGAGAAAUGAAGAGAUUCCUCGUGAUCACCAACUUUCAAAACAAAAUCUGUUUGUCUCUGAAAGAGAUCGUUUCAAGCAUUGGUUCAGUGGCAUAACUGUUGGCAUACAUCGCGAGUGGAGUGGCUUGACUAUUAAAGAUGCCGAGAAGAAUAUUACCCUUAGCGAGAAUAAACGUUAAGAAAUGACUUGCAGUACUUAGUUUUUUUUCUGGUUUCCAACUUUCUACAGUAGAAGCAAAGUCGUACAUAUAUUUUUUUUAUUGUUAUUGUCCUAGAGAUACUUCAAGAGAAUCCCACAUUUUCACGGUGUCUCUUAGAGUCCGACGUUCUUUCGCUGGCAUAACCCGCCUCCCGAGCGGAAACCAUAUCCUUAGCUACGUUCAUUCACAGAAGCCAACUCUUCUACUGCCGCAGAGCGCUUGUUUUAUGGGUGUGGAGUUUUAACGUUUGAGUUAAUUUUUGAAAUUAGCUCUGGAGUUACGUGUUUGAAUUUUCUGCCUUGGUUUUUGUUUUUGUUUUUAGGAUUGUUCCAGGGUAAUCUUUGUCGCCAUAGCGCACAUUAAACCAAUCAGGAGACGUCUGGCUUGUGUCCUCUGAGGCUCGGUGGACAAAAUGUCUAGUGCCAUGUGGACUGUGUGACUCUGACAAACCCUCUGUAGACUGUAGCUGCUAAAUGGAGUGUACUGUUGGUUAUUUGAGUGAAGUGUCUGUACAGGGUUCAUGCAUUAAAGAAUCUGAAUGAGGCGUAAAUGACAUUUUCUGUGGUCAUAAGGGGUACAUUUAUUUAUUUCUAUUUAUUUUGCCGUCACUGUAUAAUUUUACUGUCUGCAUUGAAAUUCAAGUGCGUGUUGGUCUUUUGAGUUAUUUAACAGCCCUGUUUCCAAAACUGAUCCCUCCCUGGAAAUUAAUGGGAGGACAGAAAACAAAAAAGUCUGAGAUUGUUUUGGGUUCCUUUUUUUUAUGUUUAAAAGUUGCAAAUGUUUUUCAGUGGUAGCAAGAGUUCUGCAUUCAGAAAUAGAGCAACACUUCCCACUGUCCAGAAAAUGUUUUUUUAAGAAAGGCAAAGUAAGUUCACAUUGAUUAUUAACAUAGCUACCACUUAAUGAACCAUGUUUUAAUUUAGGUUUGUCAGGAGUUUAGCAAUCGGUCCAUUUAAUAGAUUAAAUUGAGUAUUCUAAUAAUUUGCUUAUUGCUUUUAGUUACAUGCUGUUUCUAUUUCUUUAAAUUACGUAUAAUACAUCAGCAUUCUUAAUCCUUUUGAUUGCUCCUUUCAUUUUUUUCAAAAACGAGCUGCUGCUGUUUAGGAUAUUUUAGUUUUUUUGUGCCUUGUUCUUAUAUUUGUUAAAUGCCCCAACAAAUUUCUUGUACGCCUCGAACUUUGGUUUUCACCUUCAGAUAUCGCUUUAGUGUUCUGAAUACUUAUGCCGAAACAUUUAGUUUUAUGAAGAAACGUUUUGUUUCUGCUUCCUUCCACCUCAACUGUACACUACUUUACAGUGGCGCGUCAAAUAAAUUUACAAUUGGAUACAUAGAUGUUUGUGAUUUGCACUGUGACGAAAUGUGGCAAAAUUCAAGGCUUAUGAAUACAUUUUCUAGACACAGAGUAUAUGUAAAAUACAACCAUAUAUUUAAAAAAAAACAUUUUAUUGAUUAAGGUCACUGUAAAAGUAAACAGAAGCAUGAUUUUAUUUUAUUUUUUUAGAAUUUAUUAAUUUUAUGAAUGCACUAAUUGAUCAGAACACUGCUUCCAAGCAAAAACAAAUCUGCCAGCUUCUCGAGUGUCGGCCUGGAAAUCUGGACUUCCCACAAGUCCAAGCGUGACGGAAAUGAUUUGUUUUUGGUUGCUAAUUUAUGUAUUUGUAACGUCGGGAGGAUUUGUGGAAUAUGCCCCAAACAGGCUGGAAGUCAUGCAUCAUAACCAAGCUUUAAAUUCUCCGCAUCAAAGUGUUCUUUUUUUAAAAAAGAAAAAAAAACUUCACUUGAUACUUAUCCUUUGCUUUACUUGCAGUUUCAGAAUCAGGAAUUUGUUGAUGUCCCUGCGAAACUGAUACUUGGCCAAGAAGGUAACGCAAGCCAGUCAGAUGUAAUAUGAUCCGCCGUCGUAGUGAUUCUUUCAUGACUGAUGAUGCAUAUGGAAUAACUGACGCUGCCAGUGUGGUUACAUUGGAAAAUGAUCCCUCCUGUUGACUUUUUACAUCAGAUAUUCUGUUAGAAACGGAAUCUGAUUACUUUGUAAGAUAUCCACUUUGGAAAACAAAACAAAAAACUUUGUCAUGCACUUGAAACAAAGCCAGGGUAUCUGUGUGCAAGUAUUAAGUUUAUGUUCUGAUGCAUGUGUGCAGUAAUCAUUUUUAUGUGCUGAUCUAAAAAAAAAAAAAAAAAAAAGUUAGACAAUUUGCUUUGUUUCAUAUUUAAUCAUGAACAUCUUUUGAUUUUCAGUCAACUUCAUAAGCAAGGAUUUCAUUUCUGUGUGACAAACAUUUGUUGGCAGCAGAUGAGUGAGUUUUUUUGGCAUUAUCAUAAAACCAAAACUCGUAUAAUCAUCCACUUUGCAGGCUGUUUGAGGUGCACUUUUGAUCCUGAAAGCAUUUUCUGUAACUUUAGCCUUCCAACAACAGCAGCGUGGUUACAAUUGUAUCUGUUCACCUCUUUAACUAUCAGGAAGUGCCAUAUAGUGAACUUGUAUUCUCUUACGGAGAACCUGUUAUGAUAUAGCUUUUAUGCAAUGUUACUGAGGCACGACUCAAGUGUCUGAAAUUAUAUCCCUGUGCUGCAUGGAGAUGGCUGAUAAAAUCCGGUGUGCUUCUGCUGUUUUAAAAUGUGUAGCCUUGGAAAAGCAUUAUAUCGUUGUUGUCGAGCAUUUAUCCACUGUAUAACAAGGUAUGAUCAGCUAAUACUGCCCUCCUGUUGAGGAGACAGCAUUUGGCUUUACUGCAUACAAAAAAAAAUCCUGACUAAUGAUGUUUAGAUGCACUGUUCAAUCAAACUGACUGAUGCCUUCCAUGAUUUAUACACCAUACCAGUGGUUUAGCCCAUUUUCUACAAACUAGAAAUUGAGCAAUUGUUUCUCAGAUAUAAAAUGGUAGCUAUCUAAAGGUUUUACUGUGAUUUAUUUCUUAAACUUGCAUGUCUUUUUGCUGAUGGGUUUCCUUCCAUUACAAGUGACACCCUCAGACAAAAACGUCAUGAUACCAUAUGACUAGUUUUUAGCAUCACUAUGAAGUUUAAAGUUCUGGUAGAAGCACUAUUUCAGUGCUAACUUGUUUACAUGCUCUGGCUAACAUGCUAAUCUGCAAUGGAGAACAUGCUUAACUAUACCAUUAAAAAAAAAAAAAAAAACUAGCAUAAAAGCAAAAUUGGUAUUUUGCUAAAAUAAUAUGUGAUAGUUAGCUAUGUUGUGCUUUUUAAAUUAACUUCGUACAGUUUUUUUGUUUUGUUUUUUUAGCUAGCAGCUAACUAAUCAACUAGCUGUCAAGCUAUAGGGAGUUUUGUCUUUUCACGGCUGUUGGAAACAAUAGCAGUGCAUAUUUUUAAAAAAAGGUUUAAUUUUGCUUUUUUGCUUUGGUUAUUUUCUAAAAAGCUAUGCGAGACUGGAAACUUUUUUAUGUUUUGCCUUGUAAAAUGGAGCUCAGCAGAGAUUAAGCGUUCCUAAUUAAUAUUUAGCUGUAAACGUUUUCUGACAGCUCCUUUGGACUUCUCAAGCGUGGUGUUAGCAAACUUCUACCACCUGCUAUUACAGCCUAUUUGUGUGACAUUGACACAAAAUCAGCAGAAUCAUACCUUCUAGACAUGUUUGUUUUCUACUACAUUGCUACACUCCACAGUAAAUGCUGUAUAGAAUUAUAUUUUCUACCCACUCAGUAACUUUUUUUUUUUUUUACAGAUGUUGGAAUGCUAUCUAUUUAGAAUAAAUAUACCUCUUAUUAAAGAUUAAUGACAUGAUUCAUAUUCGCAGUUCUUGCAGAUAAGAAUCACCUUUGUUGGUUUUCUUAAGUAUCCUGGCUUUACAUACAGCUGUCUAUUAAAGACUACCUCCUUUCUACCAAAGAUGUCGUAGUGCCAGUACCAGUGUGUACUCAGUCUUGCCUUAAAGUGUAUUUUUAAUUAGCCUGAGUAUCAUAUAGACUGAAAGUUUUGCGCUUUAUCAUGUAAACCUGCUCUUAUCUGUUCCAUUGCCCAUGCCACUAAUACACCAAAUGACACUAAAACAUUAACACUAGUGUUAAGUGUUAAUCCCUCAAAUUGACUAAAAGUAGGCAAAGAGACAUUGCAGACUACAGAUGUCUCUCAACAAGAUUUACUUUAUUCUCAAAAAUGUAAUUUUCAAGUUAUGUGUAGUGUAGAUAUUUGCUGAUAAGUCUUACUUUAUGCAUUUAAACUUGCACACAGUUUAAUGAAGCCCUGCUUCGUAGUGCAGUAAAGUGACACUGCCCGUCUUCCCUAUUAGCCUGUAUUGAUUAGUGCUGUGAUUGUGUCCAAAUGAAAUUUACUCCCUAUGUUCUUGAAAAUUUGGUUUCCUUUGACAUGAUGCGAUGUGUCUCUGAGGAGAACCUCUUAAUUCUCAGUGUCUAUACAGUUUUCAAUAAACUAUCGCUCCUGCAUGCUGAGUAGUUUGCUGAAAUGCUACAUUAAUGUUAGCAUGUUUUUGUUUUUUUUCCCAUGUUUUGAUAUGUCUAACCUAUCAAAACAUUCUAGUGCUGUUGUAGUUAAUCGUGUGCAGAUAGAAUUACAAAAGCUUGCUCUCCUGCUUGGAGCCUUUCUUUGAACAUUUAAAAAAAAAAAAAAAACUGACUCGUGUUUUUACUGCUCUCUGUAAAAGCAUCUUCUGAGGAGCUGCAUCUGACACAGACGCUGGAAGCUGCGCAAAUCAAAAUAGUCUUUCACUGUGGACAUGAUAAAGGGUGAAAAUUUACAUUUUAUGGUGAAAGAAAAAAUAACUGGCUUCCACAAAAUAGCUUGGGCAACUUAUAAUAAAUUUAGCAAACCACGCGCAAAAAUAUGCUGGAACUUUAAAGAAUUGCACAAAUUUGAGCUGCACCAUUGACUUAAAAUUUAAACAAAUAUCAGGAGUUUGGACAGGAACUCUGUUAUAGAUCAUUGAAUGUCUUAAUCAGACCCUAAUAUGACAAAGUAUCAUUAGAACGCUGAUAUUUUGACCUUGACAUGUUUUUGAUGUUCAUCUUAUUCCCAACUGCCGUGAAAACACAGGUUUUUAUCAACUUGACUCCAAAACACGUCCAUAUAUAACGGACCGUAUUUGAUUAAAUACUAUCCAAACAAAUUCUAUAUUUAAAAAAAAUUUUCAAUUUAUAUUCUUCCAUGUAAGAAUAAUAAACAAGACUCAUAUUCAGUACAUUUAAAAUAAAGUACGUACAAGUUGUAGGUAUUGGGCUAAGAAUGCUGGCAUGGUCUGUCGAGUCAUUUUUGGAAGGAAAACAAUGUAUUUAUUAAAUGAGUUUAGCUAAAAUCAGAUGCUGUCACCUCAGGAACAAUAUAAACUCAGUGUGGUAUAAAAUGUAUCUGAUUCUGUUGGUGCUCUCUAUACAGAUCAUGUGGGUUUGUUUGCCUUUUUCCUUCUGGAAUUUUGACGAUUGCUUUGUUUGCUUUCUUAGUUUUUUUUUGUUUUUUUUUAUCAAUGUCUAUUGUGCCAUUUUAUUCUUAGAGAAUAUUCUUGAUGGAUGGAGCCAUCGAGUCACUCCCUGUGUGACUCAGCUUUGGCGCUCUUGGUGGACAGAGUCUCCCGCAACAGUACUUACGUUGUGGAGGUUGAUUGUUUCGAAAAAGAACAUGUAAAUCAAAAUGGGGGGGUAAAUGAACAAAUUGAACAUCCCGGGAGAGAAAAGUUGAUGUCAAAUGAGGUAUAUUCAUAAUAAAACUUUGCCAUUA